UGCAGGUUUCUUCAGUCCUGUGAGGUGAGCCCUGUGCUGACCGUGGAGUCUCUGCUGCUACCUGCGCUUGUAGAUCAAAGACUUUCUCUGUGGAUUAUGCCACGCAGAAUGCGGACGAUGCGGAAAGUUGCGCAUGAAGUGGAAAAGUGAGGCAAACCUGUAGCAUGGAGCUGGAAAUGCGGCGAGGCAGAGCAGCUGCCUGAGCUGGGAGAUCUGAGGCUGCAUUACUCCCCACAGGCUGCAGCCCUCCUUCAACCCAUCCGGUUGUUUACUCAUUCUGCCUACAUCGAGUUUUUCUGAUUAGAAAUCACAGGAGAAUUUGUUUGCUUUAGAAAACAAACACUGGAUCCAAUUUCAUCCUCAAUUCCUUGCGUUCUCUGACUGCAUCUCCGCUUCGACUCGUUUUUUCCCUUUUCUUUUCUUUCUUUUUUUUUUUUUCUUUUUGCACCUCUUAUUCCCGAAGUGGCUCCGAAGUGGUGUUGCGGCUCCUCGUCCCCGGCGGAUCCGGAGAUUGGAGUCUCUGCACCGGGAGGAGUCGGAGCUCCGGGCUCAGGACGCGCUCCAAAGAGCGGCCGCGUUAAGAGGAUGGUGCGGCUGGCGGCGGAACUCCUGCUGCUCCUGGGACUUCUCCUCCUUACUUUACACAUCACAGUGCUGCGGAGCAGCCCGCUGCCUCAAGGAAAUGUUACUGCCAGCUUGGAUCAGGAAACGACUCCUAAAGAGACAAACGCCUUAAAUGCAAGAAGAAGCUCAUCUUCUCAGCGGACUCCUGAGGACCGGCGGCCUGGUCCAGAACACAGGACAGCCCACCAGCCCUCAACCCUCCCCUGGGUGCAGGGCAGCAGCGUGCACAAGGAUGGCCCUGGAGCAUUCCUACUGGAUUUGAACAAUUUUCCAGACCUCUCUAAAGCUGAUAUCAAUAGACAGAACCCCAACAUCCAGGUGACUAUUGAGGUGGUAGAUGGACUAGAAGGCCAUGAACCAGAGAAAGGCCUCCGGAAGGAGAGCAAGCCCAAUUGGGCUUCCCCUAACUGGAGAAGCUGGUGGCCUCACACCUCCUCGUCAUCAUCUCAUCAAACCGAGGAGCAUGACCGCUCCUAUGGGAGGAAAAAAACGGAGGACAGCAAUUUUCUCAGGCCAUCAUCAGACUGGGACAGGAGAGGAAGCAAAGCUCAAACUGAAUACGACUACAUAGAUGGAGAAGGAGAUUGGAGUAACUGGUCAGCAUGCAGUGUUACCUGUGGAAAUGGCAACCAGAAGAGAACCAGGUCCUGUGGUUAUGCCUGCACGGCCACAGAGUCAAGAACAUGUGACAUGCCCAGCUGUCCAGGUUUUGAAGAUGCCUUCAAGACAGCAGCUACUGAAGUUAGCCUGUUGGCUGGAAAAAACGAGUUCAAUGCCACAGAACUCUUUGGAGUUGACACAGACAGCUGUGAGCGAUGGAUGAACUGCAAGAGCGAGUUUUUGAAGAAAUACAUGACCAAAGUGGCAAACGACCUUCCAAGCUGCCCCUGCUCAUACCCAACUGAGGUGGCGUACGGCACUGCGGACGUCCACGACGCCCUAACGCGGCGAGAUUUCCGCUGGAAAGACGCCAGCGGCCCGAAAGAGAAGCUGGAGAUCUACAAACCAACAGCCCGUUACUGCAUCCGCUCAAUGCUGACCCUGGAAUCGACUACGCUGGCAGCACAGCACUGCUGCUAUGACGAUAGCAUGAAGCUGAUCACUCGGGGAAAAGGGGCCGGCACGCCUAACCUCAUAAGCACAGAGUUCUCUGCAGACUUGCACUACAAGGUGGAUAUCUUGCCUUGGAUCAUCUGCAAAGGAGACUGGAGCCGCUACAACCAGGCCAGGCCGCCUAACAACGGGCAGAAGUGUCCAGAAAAUCCUCAGGAUGAGGAUUAUUAUAAACAGUUUGAAGAGGCAAGGGAAUUCUAGCCCACUGUGCGGGGAAAGGACUAAAAUAACACACAGAUCAGAUUAGACUCAGAGACCCAUACAUGCUCAUAAAAAGCACACUUGCCAGAAACCUGUCAGUUAUUUGUUGUUUUUUUUUUGCUUUGGUGACAAGUUUUGUUUCUAAAAGAUGCGCCUUUAUAAUUGUGCUGCAAAAUUUUACUCAGAGUUGGUCACAAAAGGGAUAAAUGUCAAAAUAUUUUCAAAAAGGGAAAGGUAUUAUAGAAAAGUCAACGUAGAUUGUGUCCGAGUUUGUCUCUGUAGAUGUUGCAGGGGCCAAAGAACAUAGUGGCUCGAUUUUUAAUAAUGUUCUGUGCAGGUUUUUAUCCAUUUAAGCUUGUGGGUAUUAAUAUUUAGCAUGCACAUUUUGUUUUUGUUUAUUUACCUCUGUUAUAAUCUGUCUGUAAGGCAGUUCUUCAUUGUAAAAAGCCUGCUUUAGUUUUGUAAAGUAUUUAUUAAAGUGUAGCUGUGAUUGUG